GUGAUAGCGUGAGUAUUUCAGAGGGCUGGGGAGAGAGAGAUCUGAUCCAGUCGGAGAACUUCUUCAUCUUCACCGUCGAACACAGAAAAGAUGUCGUCAACCUUCAGCGGCGAUGAAACGGCGCCCUUCUUCGGCUUCCUCGGCGCUGCUGCGGCCCUCGUCUUCUCCUGUAUGGGAGCUGCUUACGGAACGGCGAAGAGUGGGGUGGGAGUUGCGUCGAUGGGAGUAAUGAGGCCUGAGUUGGUUAUGAAGUCGAUUGUGCCGGUGGUUAUGGCUGGAGUUUUGGGUAUUUAUGGGCUUAUUAUUGCUGUGAUUAUCAGUACGGGGAUUAACCCUAAGGCCAAAUCUUAUUACCUCUUCGAUGGCUACGCGCAUCUUUCCUCUGGGCUUGCUUGUGGCCUUGCUGGUCUAUCUGCUGGCAUGGCUAUUGGGAUCGUCGGCGAUGCUGGUGUUAGAGCCAAUGCACAGCAGCCUAAGCUUUUCGUUGGGAUGAUUCUUAUUCUAAUUUUUGCCGAAGCUCUGGCUCUCUACGGACUUAUUGUUGGCAUUAUUCUCUCUUCCCGAGCUGGUCAGUCGAGAGCUGAUUAAUUGGAUGCUUUGUGCGUGGACUGGAGUUUGUGUAGUAUGUCUCCUCUUUUUGUCAAGAAUUGGUUUUGUACUCUUUGAGUAAAUGGGUUACUAUCAUUAAGCUUGCUUACUCUCUUAAUUGUUUUUGUGAGGUGUGAUUACUGUACCACACGGAUCUUGUAGUAGCUAUGUGGAUUUGGAAUUAAUUAUUCUUCUCAAUAAAGAUUAAACUUUAUUACCUUAA